GCGCCACUCCUCUAAAAUGAGGAUCCAAAUAGUAAGAAGCGUAGAUGUCGAGUGAGACGGCAGGCAGUCGCUUGUGCGGAGCGCAUUAAAGUCCCGAUUGAGCGCCCCAGUCUGUGACUCCGGGGGUUGGCGAUUGGAGCCGAGCCGGUGGUAGUGGAGGACUAAUUAAAGUUCAGUACAGUGCAAAGAAAAAAAGCAGACCCAGCGGCAUCAAGAGAGCCGACAAUCAGAUUAGGAAAAGAAAGACACACAGGGGUGACACGCAGGGAAUGGAGGUUAGGGUUAGAUAAGACUUCAUUCAGAGGCGGCGGGCGUUACUCCCCAUCUAGGAGGAACUACAAAACACUUCUGCAUCCCGGCGUCUUGUGAGCGCAGCUCGGGGGAGACCAGAGAACAAUCACCCCGGCACUGUAAUUCAAUAAGCAAACAUUCAAGUUUGCGUGCUUAUUUCUUUCUUUCUUUUUUUGUUUUGUUUUAAGCUCUUUCGUUCGCUUUGUGCUUUUUCAAGGAUUGCGUGCCAGGAAUACAAGAAGAGGGAAACACGAUGUGGAGCGUGGACCAGAUGUAAAAAGACAGCAGGAAAAAAAAAAAAAAAAAACUUGGUACCGAUUUCGCAUUUUCUCCCCUUUCUGAUUGUCUUUGUAUUUUAUUGGAUUUGGAAAUCAUACACAUCCAGCAAACUUUGCCGACAGUCGCCUGGAAGAAGGGGGAAAACGCGUUUUGCGAUCCAACAGGCGGGGAGCGUGUGAGGAAGCCGUCUCUCCCCUCCCCUCUCCUCUCCUCUUCUCCCCAUCCUCGGGCACGGACUUCAGCAAAACCACUUGGAACUUUUUUUUUUUUUUCAUUUUAAACAAUAUCAAAGGGAGAUCGCCGCAUUAUCACCUUUGAUCCCUGGCAGGAUGGCGGACGUAAGUCCGAAAAGGUUUGGUUGUUUAAUACCUCAGAGUUAGACGAGGACUUUGGCAACAGGAAGAAACAGACGAAGUUUGCUGUGCCUUCACUAAAGCGGCGCAGAGCGAUCAUCCACCGGGCUGCUUACGACUGUAGACGCGCUGCCCUCUCACUUCCCGGAGCUAUGAUGCUGUUUACUUGGGCUCUACUCGUCCACGUACUCUUCGUUUGGCUGGUUAGGGCAAGUCCGAAAAAUCUCCGAGACACCGCAAGCUGCGAGCUCAACAAGAAACAAAGUGAAUUAAACUCAUUUCUCUGGACCAUCAAACGAGACCCUCCAUCCUAUUUCUUUGGCACAAUCCACGUCCCAUACACUCGGGUUUGGGACUUUAUUCCCGAAAACUCCAAAAAGGCCUUUCACGAGAGCAACAUCGUGUACUUUGAGCUCGACUUGACUGACCCGUACACCAUUUCUGCCUUAACCAGCUGCCAGCUGCUGCCACAGGGUGAGAACUUACAGGACGUUCUGCCCAAAGACAUUUACAGGAGGCUCAAGCGCCACCUUGAGUAUGUCAAGCUCAUGAUGCCGUCCUGGAUGACACCGGACCAAAGAGGCAAGGGGCUCUACGCCGACUACUUAUUCAAUGCCAUUGCUGGCAACUGGGAAAGGAAAAGACCAGUGUGGGUGAUGUUAAUGGUCAACUCCCUGACGGAGGCCGACAUCAAGACCAGAGGAGUGCCCGUGUUGGAUCUCUACCUGGCACAGGAGGCUGAGCGGAUGAGGAAAAGGACGGGAGCGGUGGAGAAAGUGGAGGAGCAGUGCCACCCGCUAAAUGGACUCAACUUCUCUCAGGUGAUCUUUGCCCUGAAUCAGACGCUGCUUCAGCAGGAGAGUCUGCGGGCCGGCAGCCUUCAAGUGCCUUACACCACAGAGGACCUCAUCAAGCACUACAACUGCGGCGACCUCAACUCCAUCAUAUUCAACCAUGACACGUCACAAGUGCCCAACUUUAAUAACGUCACACUGCCCCCCAGCGAGCAAACCACAGCCCAGGAGAUCGACAGCUACUUUAGACAGGAGCUCAUCUACAAGCGGAACGAGCGGAUGGGCAGGAGAGUCAAGGCCCUGCUGGAGGAGCAUCCUGACAAGAGCUUCUUCUUCGCGUUUGGAGCCGGUCACUUCCUGGGCAACAACACGGUGAUUGAUGUGCUACGAAGAGAAGGCUACGACGUGCAGCACACGCCCGCGGGGCAGCCCAUUAACAGCGGAAGAGGCCAGAAGAGCCAUCUGUCAUCACUUUACAUCCCCUACUCUUCCACUCACGGAGUUGACCUGCUCUCACCACCAAAUGUGGAUCACAACCUCCAGCAGGGAGAUGAACUGCUACCUCACAUGCUUCAUCCUGACAACCUCGAUCUUCUGGAUAAGGUUGAGCGCAAGUACAAGAAAAAACGCAGGAAGCAGCCUAAAAAGCAGCGGCUCCGCCAUUUCAAUGACCUGUGGGUCCGGAUUGAAGAAAGCACAACCAUCGCUUCGCCGCCCCCGCUAAUCCGUGUCAUUAACGGGUACAUCACGGUGGAGCCCUUCUUCCACGGCCCUCGAAGACCCAGUCACGUGAAGAUAUCCGUGGACUCUGCCUCAAUGGCUACCUUCUCUCUCCUUCCAUUCCUCUGGACUAUGCUGGCUCACGUGUUGACUCAGCAGCUGUAUUAAUCUGCGGACACUUCUUUCGGACCUCACACUCUCUCUCCAUUGCUACGCUGCUGCUUUUCAGAUGUGGAUGCUCAAAUUUUAGCACAGAAGACGUUUUUUUUGGAUCACAAUGAAGCCAAACCCUAAUUGUUCACAGACUGUGCUUUUUCUCUCAGUAAAUUAAGGAAAAUAUUCCUUUAGCCAUGACUUUAUUCUUCUCUUGCUGAAGAAUCCAAUUGUCUAUCCCAUGAUGCUAUGGGAGGUUUGUAUAUGUACUGUAACAUAGGUGUAAUUUAGAAAUAUAAAAGAAAAUUAAAGAAGUUUGAUUUUUUUUGUGUAAAGAUAAAAAGCAUUAUAUUUUUCUGGGUUUUACAGGCACUAAACAUCACUAAAGUAGACUAUUUUCCUACCAUAGAUGGAUAAAUACUUAAUUUAUAAAAUGUAAUAUCUGUUUGAUAUUCAGACCAUCUCAGAUGAACUGUUUCACUGAAGAAUACUUGUAUUACCUUUUGUGUUCCAAAGUAGAAUUUGUUCAGCUAAUUUAUUAAAAGUAUUUAGUCCUA